AGCGAGACUAGAGCGAGACUAGAGUGAGAGAGAAGAAAUUUACAAAAUGAAUCUAGAGAAUAGCCAGAUAGCAGAGAACAACCGGAUGAGCGGGAUAAGGAAUCUUCAGACGAACCACCGCAACCACCCGGACGUUGGGAAUAUCAUCCGGCGCUCUGAGGACAACUGGCUCAGUGCUAGCGAUGUUUACAGUAUUCUCAGUCAUCGGGAGAGUUUGACGGUUUCCACCAACCAAAAUCCCCGACGUGGGGUCGAAGGGCUUUAUCUCUUCUACUGCCACCGGUUUUUAAACUACAGGAACGGCUUCGUAGGGACGCGUCGAUUUACUCGCAGACAUGGCGAGCACACUAUCAGAGUUACCGAGUCUCGACCCCUUCGUCCUGUUGCUCCCACUUAUAGCCGCAGGUUACACCGGUGCUACCCUAGUUUCGGCAGGUUUGUCCUCGUGCACUACCGCAUUGUGUAGGUGUUGAUCUCAUCUCAUCUUCCUCGUCUAUCCUACCAUAUUUGAGUGACUAUAUCGAACUUAUGAUAAACCUAGAUCAAUGUUAAUCUGUCUUAAUAAAAAUGUUAUUGUAUCUAUGGGUUACUAUUAUGGACUUAUCAUAAACAACAUUCUCACGUUAUUGUAUCUUUGGGUUACUAUUAUGGACUUAUCAUAAACAUUCUCGUUACGUUAUUAUAUAUUAAACUUCUAUCUUAAUCAUAUUAUGUUUGGCUAAUGUAAAGCAUGCAAAUUUCAUCAAAAAAAAAAUCACUUUAAUCCCCAAAAUGAUCCGUCGAUGCAUAUAAUAAUAACUAAGAAAUAUAGUUGAGACAAGGUCAGGGCAUUUGGUUGGAUCAAAUCCGAAUUGGUUCCUAUCAGGUUUGGGUUUUUCGAGUCAUGCACAUUUGAACUCAAUUAGGUAUUUAAAAUUUUUUGAUUCGGGUUUGAAUUGUUUUUUGUGGGUUUAAGUCGGUUCAGUCCAUACUAAAAUGCCUAUUAUUUGCCUCUGAGAUCUCAACAUGGGUUUAAUUUGUUUUUUUGUGGGUUUAAGUCGGUUCACCCACUGCACUAUUUCAAAUUACUUUAGUUCCUAGGUACCUAUGAAACACUUAGAUGAUAAAAACUUUGUGUACAAGAUUGAGAUUAUUUUGGUCAUUUCUUACCUGGACCGUUGGAAGAUAUCACGUAAAAUACCUGCUGCAUGAAGUGGCUCUAUUUUUUGUUUCAAAUGAUUUAUGUUUCUAGGUUGAUAGAUAUGUUCAGAUUAUGCAGGCACAAUUGCAAAGUAGUUUCCCUUCUUCUUUUUGUCAGUUUAAUGUCUUUAAACAUCUUUUUUUUCUUGCACUAGUAAUUUUGCCUCCAGGUGGCUAGUUUUUGAUGACUAUAAUUGCCCACCAAUCCAUUUGAUUACAUCAUUUUGCCAAAGUGCAUAUUCGUGGUUAAAGGAGGACAUAGAGAAUGUUGUGGCUGUUCACUGUAAGGCCGGAAUGGCAAGGACAGGGCUCAUGAUAUGUAGUCUUCUUCUCUAUCUGAAGGUAAAGCAUGUAUCAUAACAUUGCAUUAAAACCCUAGUCAGACACACAGGGAACUAAUCAUAUGUUUCUUUUUCUUGUAUAGUUUUUUCCUACUGCUGAAGAGUGCAUGGACUUCUACAAUCAGAAACGAUGUGUGGAUGGAAAAGGGCUUGUGCUACCUAGCCAAAUCGUAAGUCUAGUUUUGCUGCAAUUUAUAGAAUUAAACCGCUCACGAAAACGUUCUUUGCUCUCUUGCUGACUAGUUAGUCUCUUUAAAAUCAAUAUUUUGUAGAGAUAUGUGAUAUAUUUUGAACGAAUAUUAACCUACUUCAACGGUGAAAAUCAACCAGGCCGCAAGUAAGCUGCUUUACCAUAUACCUCAAUGCUGCAUAGUGCAUACAGUUGUGUAUUGACAUCGUAUAAUUCCUUUUAUUUUAGGUGUAUGCUUAGAGGAUUCCGGUUCCAUAGGUGUGUCCCUAUUGGAUCAGGCCAUCCAUAACCAUUUCAGACCACAAUGUUGAGCAGGGCCAGCUUAGGGCAUGGGCCAAGGGGGCGUGGGCCCAGGACCCAAACAUUUUUUAACAAAAACAGUAUGAAAGAGGGGCUCAAUUUUUUAAAAAAUAAUUAGGGAUAGGGGUAGCUCUAUUCUACUGAAGUCAAAGGCUCCCAUUGGCGUGUGUAUGCUGUUGAGACUUAACAACAUCUUUUACCGUCCUUAUUAGAGUUAUUCUAAAGCCAAUCAGACUUUUACUUUCUCUUUUUUUCUCUAAGGUUUUUACAGCCUUUUUAACUGUUGGCUGUCAUAUUUUUACUCUUUAAAUAUUUACUUUUUUUAGCCACGUAGACCAGACUUUUAGAUGGUUGUAGAAUUUUUUUUUUCUUCUUAUUUCUAGAGCAAUUCCAAUCGGAGUUUCUUACCAUGUAAUUCUUAACCUAGCCUCUUUUACCUUUUUUUUUUUUGUCAACUUCCUAGCCUCUUUUACCUAUUAAAAAGAAAGUGAGGGAGGAAAAAAAGAAAAAGCCGUCACACUCAUAUUAUUACAGCCUUCCUUCGUUGAAACUUGAAAAGAUGACGAUGAUCUCUGAUCUUCCACAGGAUUUGGUAGAGAAUGUACUAUCGAGGGUUCCACUGAUGACAUCUAUGAGAAAGCUGCGCUCUACAUGCAAACGGUGGAACACUUUAUCUAGGGAUCCAGACUUUGCAAAACACUUUGUUAAAGGGUUGUCAAGGCUGAUAAUCAUGAGGUCUCAGUUUAGGCUUUGGUUAAUGAGCGUCGAUUUCCAUGGUAGCCUCAACCAUAAGGACGACUUGGACGUUGCUCCAUAUGUUAAAGAAGGUAAGCUUACUAGCUUAAAUAAUUCUGAUCCCGAGAUAUCAAAAGUUUUUCACUGCAACGGGUUACUCUUAUGCUCGACCAAAGACAAGCGUAGGCUCGUGGUCUGGAACCCGUACUUGGGACAAACUAGGCGGAUCAAACCCAGGAUAGCUUUCCACAAACGCGACAUAUAUGCUCUCGGUUACGACGUAAACAAGAACCAAAAAAUAUUGAGGUUUUUGGAUGAUUACGCGACAUUUAGAAACCCUUAUGUUGUAUGUGAGAUCUACGAUUUAAAGUCUAACUCAUGGAGGGAUCUUGAUGUCAAUGCUGACUGGGAGAUGGAUUAUUAUCAUCAUGGAUUGUCUUUGAAGGGAAGUGCUUACUUUUUUGCUAAAGAAAAAAUGGAAUGGGACGGAGAAGGAGAAAUAGACGUAACAGACCAAGAGACGUUUCUGCUUUGUUUUGAUUUUACAAGAGAGAGAUUUGGACCGCGUCUGCCUAUGCCGUUUCACUCUCAUGCUGAGGAAACUGUGGCCCUGUCUAGUGUUAGAGAAGAGCAGCUUGCAGUGUUAUAUCAGGGGGAUUCAUCAUGUCUAGUAGAGAUAUGGGUUACAAAUAGAAUUGAGCCUAAUGCAGUGUCAUGGAGAAAGGUGUUUUUAUCAGUGGAUAUUGAACCAUUCUUUGGUCUUCAUCAGUUUGAUUUUUCCGGUGGGAGUUUCAUCAUUGACGAGGAACAAAAACUCGCCCUGAUUUUCGAUAAAGACAAAGAAUAUAUCCACAGUACAGCUUACCUAAUUGGGGAGAAUGGAUAUUACAAAACAUUGGAUCUCGGAGAGGAUAGAUACCACCGAGAAAAAACUGGAGAAUACACUAGUAUGCCACUCGUGUGCUCUUAUUUUCCGACAUUGGUGAAGAUCCAGCAACGUGCAAGACGAGGCAAAAGGAAAGAACGAGAUUAUUAG